AUGGUGAAGUGCUAUGCGCAGACGAUAUGCCUGAAGAACGAUCCACGGGGUAUCGAAGAGUAUAAGAGGCACCACGCGGACUGCUGGCCGGAGGUGCUCGGCGCUCUUAAGGCCGUGGGGGUGCUGCGGAUGAAGAUAUUCCUGCUCGAGACGAGGAUGUUCAUGUAUAUGGAGACUGAGGACGACUUCGACCCGGAGGUUGACUUCCCGCGUCACCUGGAGAUGUCGCCGAGGUGCGUGGAGUGGGGUAAGCUGAUGUCGACGUUCCAGACCCCGGCGCCGGAGGCCAAGGACGGAGAGUGGUGGGCGUACAUGGAAGAGGUGUACGAUUUCGAGUCGCAGCAUGACGCAAAGCUGGGUCCACGCGGCUCCAUCGGAUAA